AUGGAUCGCGGUUAUCUGCGAGCAUUUCACGAUCGCUCACAAUACACACUCCAUAAACCAAGUGAGAAUUUCAUGACUGAUGCUCUGACGUUAAGAGAUUUAUCUAAAACCUAUAGAAAUGGAUUCCAAGCACUCAAAGGAAUCAAUUUGACUGUUCCAGAAGGAGAGUUUUAUGCACUUUUAGGACCAAAUGGCGCUGGUAAAUCGACAACAAUCAGUAUUAUCAGUUCCUUAGCACGGAAAACCUCAGGUACUGUGGAAAUUUUUGGUCAUGAUUUAGAUACCCACCCUUCACAUGCAAAGCAAUGUUUAGGUGUCGUUCCUCAAGAAUUUAACUUCGGUCAAUUUGAAAAAAUCUUCGACAUCUUAGUCACUCAAGCGGGUUAUUACGGUAUUCCGCCUAAAAUUGCACAACAACGUGCUGAAGAAUAUUUAGAAAAAUUAGGUUUAUGGGAUAAGCGUAAUACUCAGGGGCGCAUGUUGUCUGGUGGUAUGAAACGCCGUUUAAUGAUUGCGCGAGCCAUGAUGCAUGAACCUAAACUUUUGAUUUUAGAUGAACCCACUGCAGGUGUAGACAUCGAGUUACGCCGUUCAAUGUGGGAUUUUCUUACAGAAAUGAAUGAAAAAGGCACCUCGAUCAUUUUAACCACACACUACUUAGAAGAAGCAGAAAUGCUUUGUCGUCAGAUUGCGAUUAUUGACCGUGGUGUUAUCAAAGAAGAUACAUCGAUGAAAGCAUUCUUAAACCAAUUGAGUGAAGAAUCUUUUAUUUUCGAUUUAGAAAAUCCGAUUGAACCAAUCAUGAUUGAUAUCAUUGGUGUGAAGUUUAAUCUGAUUGACCCAAUGACCUUAGAAGUCACGAUGGAUAAAGCGCAUUCUUUAAAUGAUUUAUUUCAGCUUUUAGAAGCGCAAGGCAUUCGUGUUCGCAGUAUGCGCAAUAAAUCAAAUCGUCUUGAAGAAAUGAAUUUUACUCAACUACGUAUUGCACUCUAUACAUUAGUUCAAAAAGAAAUCCGCCGCUUUAUGCGAAUUUGGCCGCAAACCUUAUUACCGCCUGCGAUCACCAUGAGCUUGUACUUUGUGAUUUUUGGUAAUUUGGUCGGUUCUCGUAUUGGGCAAAUGGGUGGAUUUAGCUAUAUGCAAUUCAUCGUGCCGGGCCUCAUCAUGAUGGCGGUGAUUACAAACAGUUAUGCCAACGUAUCUUCAAGUUUCUUUAGUGCUAAAUUCCAAAAAAGUAUCGAAGAACUGAUCAUGAGUCCAGUUCCAUUACAUAUGGUCUUAUGUGGUUAUGUGAUUGGUGGUGUUGCCCGUGGCGUUCUUGUUGGGGCAAUUGUCACUGCAAUGAGUUUGUUCUUUACAGACCUUUAUAUCCAUAAUAUUUUCGUCACGAUAUAUACCGUUAUUAUUACCUCGCUACUGUUCUCUUUAGGUGGUUUUAUCAAUGCUGUAUAUGCAAAAUCGUUUGAUGAUAUUUCGAUUAUCCCAACCUUUGUAUUAACACCCCUCACCUACUUAGGCGGUGUGUUUUAUUCGAUUAGUGCUUUAAGUCCAUUUUGGCAAAAUCUGUCUUUAAUUAACCCGAUUGUAUAUAUGGUCAAUGCUUUCCGUUUCGGAAUUUUAGGUCAUAGUGAUGUCAAUGUUUCAUUGUCUUUACUUAUCGUGACCCUUUUCUGUGGCGUACUUUAUGCAAUUGCCUACUAUUUACUUUCUCGUGGUUCAGGAAUGCGUGAAUAA